AUGAGCCGAGCGUGGAUCUCGUCACUGUUCUCCAAUCAGCUGCUUUUCUUGUCCGCCAUCAUCUCAAUUGAACUUCCGUAUACAGCAGCAGGAGGAUCUACUCUACUCUCGUCCAACAGCUCGGUCAGCAACAGCACCAAAUGUGGCGGCAGCACCGAAUGCGCGGAGGGCGUCAUCCUGCCGGUGUGGAAGCCAGUCAACCCGGCGUUCACCGACCGCAUCGCCAGAGCCACCAUUUACUUCGUGGGGUUAGCGUACAUGUUCCUGGGCGUCUCAAUCAUCGCCGACCGCUUCAUGUCGUCCAUCGAGGUCAUCACCUCGCAGGAGAGAACGAUCACUAUUAAGAAGCCGAACGGUGAGAAGAUCACCACGACGGUACGCGUCUGGAACGAGACGGUGUCCAACUUGACCCUGAUGGCGUUGGGUUCCUCCGCACCUGAGAUCCUGCUGUCCGUUGUGGAGGUUUGCGGUCACGACUUCACUGCUGGUCAGCUGGGCCCAAACACUAUCGUAGGAAGUGCCGCCUUCAACAUGUUCGUCAUCAUCGGCCUCUGUGUUUAUGUCAUCCCUGAUGGACAGACCAGGAAGGUGAAGCAUCUGCGGGUGUUCUUCAUCACUGCCACCUGGAGCGUCUUUGCAUACACUUGGCUUUACAUGAUCCUGGCAGUGUUUUCUCCAGGUGUGGUUGAGAUAUGGGAAGGGCUCCUCACACUUUUCUUCUUCCCGCUUUGUGUCGGAUUAGCUUACGUGGCCGACCGCAGACUUCUUUUCUACAAAUACAUGUACAAGCGAUACCGAGCAGGGAAGCACAAAGGAAUGAUCAUCGAGACCGAAGGAGAGCCGGAGCUUCCCUCGAAGGUUGACAUUGAAAUGGACGGCAAGAUGCUCAACUCCCACGGUGAGGAGGAUGGAGAGGUUGGUUUUGAUGUGAAGGAGCUGGAGGAAGACGAGGCCCGCAGAGAGGUGGCCAGGAUCUUGAAGGAGCUGAAACAGAAACAUCCCGAGAAGGAGAUGGAGCAGCUGAUGGAGCUCGCCAAUUACCAAGUUUUAACCCAACAGCAGAAGAGUCGUGCUUUCUAUCGCUGCCAGGCAACCAGGAUCAUGACAGGAGCCGGCAACAUCCUGAAGAAACACGCUGCCGACCAAGCCAAGAGAGCCGUCCAGCACGAUAUCUGCACCGAGAUCUCAGCGAACAACUUUUCCUCCAAGCUGUUCUUUGACCCUGGCACCUACCAGUGUCUGGAGAACUGUGGCAGUGUAGCGCUGAAUGUGGUGCGUCGUGGCGGAGACCUAACCAGCACAGUCUCAGUGGAUUACCGGACUGAAGAUGGAACCGCUAAUGCAGGCUCAGACUACGAGUUCACCGAAGGAACUAUCGUGUUCAAAUCAGGCGAGACAGAAAAGGAAAUCCGCAUUGAGAUCAUUGACGAUGACAUCUUUGAGGAAGACGAGCAUUUCCUGGUUCACCUCAGCAAUGUGACGGUCCUAUCGGAGGGUUCGGGCUCAGAUAAGACCAACCACGUGGACGUUGUUGCAGGUUUGGGUCUGCCGUGCACGGCCACCGUCACCAUCUUUGAUGAUGACCACGCAGGGAUCUUUACGUUCGAGGAGCCGGUGGUGAACGUGAGCGAGAGCGUCGGGGUGAUGGAGGUGAAGGUGAUCCGGUCCUCGGGAGCUCGAGGUGUUGUGGUGGUUCCGUAUAAAACCAUACAGGGGACGGCAAAGGGAGGCGGAGAGGACUUUGAGGACACGCAUGGAGUCCUGGAGUUUGAGAACGAUGAGAUCUUUAAAACUUUUCAGGUCAAUAUAAUCGAUGAUGAAGAAUACGAGAAAAACAAGAACUUCUUCAUAGAGAUGGGAGAGCCUCGGCUGCUGGAGAUGAGUGAGAGGAAAGCUCUGUUGCUUCAGGAAUCCGGUGGAUUCGUCAAAACAGAUAAACAGCAGUAUGGCAGAGACGUCUACAGGAAGGUCCAGGGACGAGAACACGCCGCCCCCUCUGCUGUCAUCACCAUCGCAGAGGACGGGGGUGAGGAGCUUUUGACGAAGAAGGAGGAAGAGGAGAGGCGGAUCGCAGAGAUGGGAAGACCGAUGCUCGGUGAACACGUCAAACUCGAGGUCAUCAUAGAGGAGUCGUACGAGUUCAAGAGCACUGUGGAUAAACUCAUCAAGAAGACCAACCUGGCUGUGCUGAUUGGAACAAACAGCUGGAGGGAGCAGUUUGUGGAGGCCAUCACAGUCAACUCUGGUGACGAUGAUGACGAGUGCGGUGAGGAGAAGCCGCCCUCCUGCUUCGACUACGUCAUGCACUUCCUCACGGUCUUCUGGAAGCUUCUGUUUGCCUUCGUUCCUCCCACCGACUACUGGAACGGCUGGGCCUGCUUCGUCGUCUCCAUCUCCGUCAUCGGCCUCCUGACGGCGGUGAUCGGUGACCUGGCGUCGCAUUUCGGUUGCACCGUCGGCCUCAAAGACUCUGUCACUGCUGUGGUGUUCGUAGCUUUGGGCACAUCUGUUCCAGACACCUUCGCCAGUAAGGUGUCGGCCAUCCAGGACCAAUACGCCGACGCCUCCAUCGGCAACGUGACAGGAAGCAACGCUGUCAAUGUCUUCCUGGGUAUCGGCGUGGCCUGGUCCAUCGCUGCUAUCUACCACUACUCCAAGAACCAGGUGUUCAGGGUCGACCCGGGCACGCUGGCCUUCUCUGUAACACUCUUCACCGUCUUCGCCUUCAUCUGCAUCGCCGUCCUCAUCUACCGCCGCCGGCCUGAGAUCGGUGGGGAGCUUGGCGGGCCCAGAGUCCCAAAGAUCCUCACCUCUUGCCUGUUCUUCAGCCUGUGGUUAAUGUACAUCGUCUUCUCCUCACUGGAGGCUUACUGCCACAUAAAGUCCUUCUAG